AUGACUUCCUCUCACUGUCGCCCAAUCACGGCCUCUCCCCAGGUGGAUCUCAAACUCGAUGGUGAGACCGUCCGUUUUACCAUUGACACUGGUGCUACCGUGUCUGUCAUCGGUUCGAAUAGCUUGAAAAAGUGUUUGAGCACGGAAACGCUGUCCAAGACGUCCAAGAAAGUAUUUGCUUAUGGCGCAAAUUCUCCUUUACCGCUACUCGGAAAGUUAGACGUUCUCAUCACAUACAAGAACAGCAGCAGCCAUGAAACUGUCUAUGUUGUGUCCGGAGACUGUACCCCACUACUUAGUUUCUCUGCAGCUUCCCGUCUAGGACUAGUCCAGAUCACGUACAGUGUGGGAGAGGUGCCAAACAGACUGGAUCCGAGAGUGGCCUACCCAGACCUUUUCAAGGGAGUGGGCUGUCUAAAGGACUUCGAAGUACACCUCCAUGUUGACCCCCUUGUUCAACCAGUAGCACAACCUCACAGACGCAUCCCCUUCUCCAUGCGAAAGCCACUGGAAGAAGAGCUUGAAAGGCUACAGUCCCUCAGCAUAAUUGAAAAGACUGAAGGACCAACCCCUUGGGUAUCUCCAAUCGUGGCAGUACCGAAACCACAUGACCCCGAGCAUAUUCGAAUGUGCGUCGACAUGCGCUGUGCUAACCAAGCCAUCCAGCGUGAGAGACAUGUCACACCGACAGUGGACGACAUCCUUGUUGCUUUGAAUGGAUCCAUCUUAUUCUCUAAACUUGAUCUGAAAGAUGGAUACCACCAACUAGAACUUGAUGCAUCAUCUCGUGUGAUCACCACAUUCUCUACACAUGCUGGACUCUUCCGAUACAAGAGACUCAACUUCGGAAUCAACUCAGCAGCCGAAGUGUUCCAGGACACCAUCCGUCAGGUUCUAACCAACAUCCCCAAUGUGCUCAACGUAAGCGAUGACAUAUUGGUGUAUGGAAAGACUGAGAAAGAGCAUAAUGAAGCUUUGAAGGCGACACUGGAAUGUCUACUUGCAAGUGGCCUCACAUUGAACGUCAAGAAAUGCAAAUUCUACCAACAGGAACUUACCUUUUUCGGGCAUGUGUUCUCAAGCAAAGGUGUACAACCAGACCCCACUAAGGUGUCUGCAGUAAUCGGUGCCUCACCACCCACCAGUGCCAGUGAAGUGAAAUCUCUCCUUGGUCUUGUUAACUACUGUGGUCGGUUCAUACCGAACCUGGCCCACCUCACCCAACCACUCAGGAAACUCACAGCCAAAGGAGAGGACUGGUGUUGGACAGACAUACAGCAAGAUGCCCUGGACGAACUGAAGAGAAAGCUUUCCGAGGCCACAGCUCUUGCCUACUUUGACCCAGGAAAGGACAUCACACUCAUUGUAGAUGCUGCUCCUCAUGGCCUAGGUGCCAUUCUCACGCAGACAUCCGGAAGUGAAACCAGGGUGGUUGCAUAUGGGAGCCGUGCCCUUUCUCCUGUGGAGGCACACUACUCUCAAAUUGAAAGGGAAAUGCUGGCUGUAGUGUGGGGAAUUGAGCACUUUCACAUCUACCUGUAUGGGACAGCAUUCCACCUACUGACGGACCACAAGCCUUUGGUCAGUAUUCUCAGCAACCCCCGCUCCCUGCCUUCAGCACGGCUAGAGCGUUUGGCACUUCGAAUUCAACAAUACACCUUUGAAGUGCAACACACUAGUGGUUCAAGCAACCCAUCUGACUACUUGUCCCGCCACCCAGUAAACUCCACAGAACCAUUUCGGCGCAUGGAGUCUGUCGCUGAGCAGUAUGUGAACUUCAUCGUGUCUCACAGCCUACCUCGUGCCAUGACCAUAAAGGAGGUAACCGAAGCGACGUUAGCUGACCCGGUGAUCAACUCACUCAAGCAAGCCCUAAAGCAACCCCAGAAAGGCAAACAUUGGAAGAACACAACUCUACAGCCUUUCUCUCGCGUUGCGACAGAACUGUCAGUCUCCAAAGAAGGCCUUGUGUUAAGAGGCACGCCGAUAGUACUGCCAGCACAACUUCACACAAAGGCGGUGCACCUUGCACAUCGAGGCCACCAAGGCAUUGUCAAGACAAAACAGCUGUUGCGUGAGAAGGUGUGGUUCCCAGGGAUAGACUCUCUAGUGGACCAGACAGUUAAGAGCUGCCUGGCAUGCCAAACUAACACACCGGUACACCAUCGAGACCCUUUGCCAAUUCAGGAGCUUCCUCAAGGCCCGUGGACAGAACUGUCGUUAGAUUUUGCUGGCCCUUUCCCUGAUGGCAAGUAUGCCAUGGUAGUUGUGGAUGAUUUCUCCAAGUACCCAGUCGUUAGCAUCUUACACACUCUUGCAGCACCUACAGUCAUCAAGCAACUGCGCACUAUAUUCGCUCAGUUCGGCUGUCCGGAAAUUGUAAAGUCAGACAAUGGCCCACCCUUUCAGAGUGAGGGUUUUGCAGAGUUUGCUAGCGAGCUUGGAUUCAAGCAUCACCGCAUCACUCCACGGUGGCCAGAGGCUAACGGGGAAGCCGAACGAUUCAUGCGCACCCUCAAGAAGUCGAUACUCGCAAGUCAUGUCAGCCACUUGGAUUGGACCAAUGAGCUUCAGUCAUUCCUCCUGGCUUACAGGUCCACACCCCAUGGUUCCACAGGAAAUUCUCCGUUUGACCUUCUAUUUGGGAGACCCAUGAGGAAUCUUCUACCGACACUUGCUGCUGAUACUCAGAACUCAGCUCACUCUGAGGCGAGACAGAAUGACACCCAAAGAAAAGCAUACAACAAGCAGUACGUCGAUUCUCGGAGACACACCAGUCACAACCAGCUGCAUGUUGGACAACAAGUCCUCUGCAAACAAGAGAGGCCAAACAAGUUUUCGUCUUACUAUGACCCCCACCCAUACACAAUCACCAAAGUCACUGGCUCCAAAAUCACAGCGUCCAGAGAUGGAGUGUCGAUUUGUCGCAACUCUAGCUUCUUCAAAGAUGCGAGCACAGUUCAAAUGGAACGACACCACGACCAGCCCGACAUGCCAGAUCUGGACGAUGCAGCUGUGCCAAGUAACAGCGACCUUCCAAGCCACAGCACAGCUACUCCUGGUGAAGCUCCACCAGUAACUACCAAGACUGCCUCACAGCGUUACCCCCAACGAACAAGGCAACGACCUGAGCGCCUGAAAGACUAUGUGUGA